UGGGCCAUGACGUGGCGGCCGGAUUCGGCCCGCAGGCCUUGAGUUUGACACGUGUGCUGUACAUGAUCAUAAAACAAUUUCCAGUGUUUCACUGAAUGAAACCAUUCAUUUCAUUUCAGCUCAGACACCAAAGUUAAUGAGUAAUGAAUACAGUAUUAUUCAGUGAAACAGGAACUUCUCACUUCAGCUGAAUGUAUCCCACCAAUCAGACAACAGAAGUUAUUUGCCUGAACCGCUGUGUUUGACCCACAGCUUCCUCCAGAAUGUCAGAUACAGCAGAGCAUCUCACAUCCAGAGAGACACAGGACGCUCCAGGUUAUGAUGAGUCCUCACCACCACCGUUAUACUCCUACGAAGGACAGCAACCUCCACCCUACUCUGCAGCCCCGGCAAUGUGCCCUCCAUCCGAAAUCGAGACAACCUGCAUCUAUCAGCCUACAACUGGGUACGAGUCUUUCCGGGACAUCUGCCCAAGGGCCUCGUCGGACACGACUCCACCGAUAGCCUCAUCUUCUUUUGAUGACAAGACAGUGAGAAGAGCGUUUGUCAGAAAGGUGUUCAGCAUCCUGACUUCCCAGCUGCUGUUCAUCUUCAGCGUGGUGUGUGUGUUCACCUUCUCCAGACGUGAGGCGGAGCAGACCAACCUGUGGGCCUACUUCAGCUCCAUGAUCAUCUUCAUCGUGGUCGCCACGGCCCUCACCAUGUCCUUCAGUCGACGUCACCCCUGGAACAUCAUGGGAUUGGUUGUGGUCACCCUGAGCUUGUCAUACAUGGUGGGAACCAUCGCCUCCUUCCACGACACCACUGAUUUCGUCAUCACUUUGGGAGCAACGAUGACCAUUUCUGUGGCAAUCAUUCCAUUCUCUGCACAGACUCAUGAUUUCACUAUUUGGUACGGUGUUCUGCUGAAUCUGACGGUGGACAUGAUCAUGUUUGGCUUCAUGCACAUUCUACUCCUUCAUCACUGAUGACGUCUGAUGUCUGGGUGCUCUGCUGUAUUCACUGUUCCUGAUGGACUGUCAGCAGAUGAUGGGGAUGAUGAGCUACCGUCUGGAUCCAGAGGAAUACAUCAACGCUGCUCUUAAUAUCUACCUGGACAUCGUCCUCAUCUUCCUCCGCCUGCUGGGGAGGAGAUGAAACUAAAACACAUUUACACACACAGACAGACUGACACUCCAAACUGUAACCACGAUGAAAAUGUCUUUGUUAUUAUAAUCAUGUAUAUACUAUAACUCCUGUAUUAACUGAAAAUAAAUGAUUUUCUGUGUUUUUUUUCCUACUGCGACAUGAAAA